AUGGCCGAAGCUGGUGGCCAGAUUAUGGUCUUUGCCCAUUCCUUCGGCGUAACGGUCAGUGCCGGCGCCGUGGAAGGCCUGGGAUACAAUGAGCGAGCUGAUGCGGGGACACCAGGGGGCGUGAUCAUGGUGGUUUGCAUAACAAUCUUUAUCACACACAAGAGUCAAACAGUAUUGGACCAACUGGGCGGAAAUUGGCUCCCAUGGAUGAUCAUCAAGAACCCCGAUGACGGUUAUUGCUGGGCCUCCAGCACCGAGAGAAUAUUCUACCAUGACAUAUCACCAGAAGCUCAGCAAAACGCAAACUCUAAAAUGCAGCCGCAGCCACAAAAGUAUUUCACUGAGCCUGUUUUGCACAAGCCUUGGCUCGAGAUGCCAAUCAUGUGUCUGUUCUGUGACCAAGAUCAGGCUCUUCCGUUGGUUGUGCAGGAAAUUAUUGCGAAGGAUUUGGUCAACCCGGUUACUUAUCACGCCUUUGGGUCUCAUCCGGCUUUCCCGAGCGUACCAGAUCAGUUAUCGAAGGAUUGGAACUUGCGUUGA